UUAUCGCCUUAACGUAACGGUAACGUCACAGCCACUGCGAUUCACUGAAAAGUUUGACGCGACACAAGGAACCUGCACGGAGCCGCAAGAAUAAAAAGAAGCGGAUAAGUUUUAUUAGUCCGUUUUUCCCUCGGAGCGAACAUGGAUUCCGUAGCUCAGAAAGUGCUCUCAUCAGGAUUCACUCUCGACUUUGGACCCCUGAAGGAGCCUCUAGCGUUCAUCCGUGUGCUAGAAUGGGUUUUUUCCAUAUUCGCCUUCGCUACGACUGGAGGUUACAGCGGAUCCAUCAGCUUCAACAUCCAGUGCAAAGGAGGCAAACUUGAGAAAGUAGAUGCGUUAUUCAACUACCCGUUCAGGUUGACGGACCAUCAAUAUACUGUUCCCAAUUGUGAAACCAACGGAACGACAUUCACAAGCUACUUCCUGACCGGAGAUCACUCGUCCUCUGCACAGUUCUACGUCUGCAUCGGGGUUUUGGCUUUUCUCUACUGCACCGCCUCGUUGAUCCUCUACCUGGGCUAUCAGCACUUGUACAGAGAAUCCCCUCGGGGUCCCAUCACGGAUCUGCUGGUGACUGCAUCCUUGGCUUUCCUGUGGCUCGUAUCGUCCUCCGCCUGGGCUAGAGGCUUGACUGACGUCAAAACAGCCACUAGUUUUGAAACUAUUUUCAGUGGUGUUAAAGUUUGCAAGAACAACACAUGCACCCCAGGAGCUUUGCCCUCUAUGGGCAAAUUAAAUUCUUCUGUGAUAUUUGGAUUCCUUAACCUCAUCCUGUGGGGAGGAAAUUGUUGGUUUAUAUACAAAGAAACCCCUUUCCACAAGACGAACCAGCCUGCCAACCUUGAAGGCGGAGCGACGCCACCAUAACUGCACGGCUCCCACGUUUCAGAAACGUUCUGAUAUGUGCAACUGACUGCACUUUUUGCAGAAAAGAUUCUAAUUUUGUGUUGUGUUUUUUUUUGCUUAAUCAGGAAUUUAUUUUUGUCAAUUCAUCUCAAAAGGUACUAAAAUUUGUUGUUGGCGAAAUAUUAAUACAGACUGACCCGUGUAAUACUAAAGCAUGCAGACUUUUGAGUUUGUAGAUAUAACAGGUACAAAAUGCAAAACCUGCUUUAACAGCUGCACACCUUUUUCACAGGAUGCUGUACAGUAUCUUUGUUCAAUGCAAAUUUUCUGCAAUUGUAUAUUGUACAAAACUCAGGGCUGAUGAGAAUAUUAAUCAGACUUCCAGUUUCAGUUCAAGUACUUGAAUAUGUUUAGUUAAAAUGAAGCCCUCGUUUAAAUUAUAUAAAUGCCACUGUGAGAUUAUUAUGUAAAGGUCAAAAAGGUUGUUUUUUUUUUCUCUUCAUUUUGCAGUCAUAAUAAUUGCUGUUACAGAAAUGGUAAUACUUCUAGUUUAGACUAACAUCUGAAUAUGGCGCUGAAUGCGGUGCUUCCGUUGAAUCCGUUAACAUUUUACUGUUACAAUUUUAAAUUUAAAAAAAUUUUCUCGUUACAUAAGAUAUACUUUCUCCUUUUCUUUUUGGAAAAUGUCCAAGCAAAUGUAUUUGCAGUGUUUGUGCUUGGUUGUACUAUUGUUGAAUACAAUUAAUUGCUUUAACAGUUGAUGUGUUUAAGUUAUUCCUAAUUCACUUCAUGUCUGUAUCUGUCUUGCUUUUCUACCUGCUCUUUGUAAUGAGAAAAAAUUAAUUUGCCAAGAAAAUGGUUGUCCGUUUUGAAAAUUUCUAAAAAAAAAAACAAAAAACAAAAAAACUAUAUCCACGUUUUAUCCCCAUGUCUGCCGUUGUUUCCUCACAGUUUAGUUGAAUUUUGCUUAUUUGGAAAAUUUUUCUUUGCUUUAUCUUCUUAAAACGUUUAGUGAUUGCUUAAGAACUUCAUAGUGCUUUCAAUAUGUAUAUUUAGAUGUGAGUAACGAACCUCGGAUUAAGUCAAAUGAUGCCAAACAACCUCAGGUUCUGUCACAAAAAUAAAUUAUUGCAAAUGAUGAGGCAGGUUUUCUGUUGCGUAAAGAGAAGAUGUUAUGUAUUUUCCAGGAAUAUAGUGCCGUUUUAUAGCCCAAUAAAGUAACUAUACUACCUUCAAUUGUCAUGAAAAUGCUGUAUAUAUCAAACAUAACUUAAAAGAAAUUCAUAAUUUAAUGCUAACUUUGAAACGACUUUUUCUUGUCAUCUUCUGUUGCUCUCUGAGAGCAGAUAUCGACUCUUCGUGAGUUUUCUAUUUGGUUUGAUGACUGUCGGAAAUUCAGAGCACCUCUUGGCUGAUUUAUGGUAAAACUACCUUGUUUAAAUAUCCAAAUUUUGACCUUAACAAUCGAGCUUAGAAAUUUUGCUGUCACUGCUUUUGUACGAUAUAUGUUUUACCACCAGAGGGCAGUAAAACACAGCUUGUGAUCAGUAAUUUAGAGCGCCUUGACUGAGCUAUGAUCUAUGUAAAAGCAUUUAUACGUCGGUCUACCAAAGCCAAUUAACUGUAUAUUAAAUGUAUGAACAACAAAUAAAUUUUAAUAAAAUGUUUAUAUAUGGUGCUAUGAGUGUAGCAGCACCUAAUCCACAGUUUGGACCCACUGUGUAUUAGACAAAGCAGAUCACAACUUUGUAAUAAAGUUAGCAUCACAGUUUAAUUGCCUUAUGAUUUAUAGACAAAUGAAGACGCCACAAGGUGUAAAACUGUAUCUUUUAUUAUGUCAAAUUAUUGUGUAUUACUCUCCUUUAAUGCCUAUAGUUUGCAGCUAUCCUGCAGCCAGAGAAGCUUUUAAACACACCAUGCAAAGCCAUUAUCCUUCAGCUACGAGGCCUCUGAGUUUUUAUGGCAGUGACCAACCUUAUCAUUUUUAAAGUUGCGGUCAAUAAACACAGUGCUUUCAGUGCUGCUUAAAGCUCCCUUCGUAUAAUAUGGCCUCAGGUAAAAGCAACAAGCCUUCUGCCUCACCUAACCAUGGCUGAUUGCUACUUUAUAGCUAUGGAUGAAAGAUGAUUAUGUGCAGCAGGGUAGUAAGAACGCAUUCUCUUCCCUUUUUAAUCUGGCUGGAUUUAUCUAAAAUUACGGGCAAAGAGCCUGCAAGGUGCAUCAAUAAUAGGUUUGAUUGUUUUGCUUUAAAGAUACUGUAAAUGUGAGCAAGUUAGAGUCGUUACACAGUCCUGAGGAAAUCUAUUUACCUACUAUUUAGUGAGCUUUUCAUACCCACUUGUUUUUCAGAAAUUCAGUAGAUCCCUCCGUUUCCCAUUUCCCUCGCUCACCUGCCAGCAGCUCCCUACAUCGUAUGGCAUAACAAUCUAGUAAAGCACUGUGUUUUUAAUUUCUUAUGGCUUUAGGAACAAAAAAAAUCCAAUACUGAUUGAGGCUACAUACAGUCUAGUCACUGCCGAUUAGGAUUUAUAUCCCUUAAGUUAUUUUUUUUUUAAACAAAAGAAAGAAACCUGGCACUCUCUACAUGCAGGUUUUGAUACCAUGUUUUCUGUUUGCCCAGCCAUUUCAAUAAAAAAUAACUGAUUCCUACCCUGCUUAAAAAUAAACAUUUAUAAUAAGACUUGGAUGUUGGAACAGCUAACAUUAUCACAAAGGCAGACAAAAUGCAAAAUGAACAGUAUUGGAAUAUACAAGAAUACAGUCAGUACAUCAGAACAGUACACAGCUAAUCAAUACUAAACGCAGAAUGUGAGUCUUAACGCAUACAUGUAUAUAUAUAUAUAUAUAGAUAUUUAUAUUGUUUAUACACAAAGGCAGAUUUGCUUUGGAGAAAAACAGCCGAGAUUUUCCCUUUAUGUCAGGACCUUUGCAAAAAGCACUUAACAAAACGCUAUAGAGAUCUACAAUACGAACUGUGGAGGUCGAACGUCGGAGUGGAUCUAGUGGAAAUUUAUCCCCUUCUUGAUGACGGUUGAUUAAUGUGCCGAGCUACUCAAAAGCCACAAUAUCUGUUUGUGAUCUCAGCUUCUCGCGCCGUCUUAAGUGACAGCACCAUGUUGGCUAAAAAGCACACAUUUCAGCUGCAAAAGGACAAAAAAAAAACAAGUAAAACCCUUAAAAUGGAUCUCUCUCUAGGACAAACGCUACCCGUCUGUGAGGGUUAUGUAUGCAGCUUUUUUUAAGUGUGGCUUGGUAUUUUCUGCUGCUGUCUGUUUCUCCACCUGGUGUUUCAGCGUGUGACAGAGUGAUAUGAUUCGCACACACCACCUCUCUGACAAGUGUGACUUCCUUUUCUCACCCACUCAGGAGAUGCUGCUGUGCAUGCGGCAACUGUGAAUAUUCCACCAAUUUUGCGUAAGAAAACAUUGCACCAGAAAUGUGUAAAUUGAUUUUUUUUUUGUUUUUAAGUUUCGAAGAUGCGAUUUUAUGUAUUUAUCAUUGUUUUAGAUUUUUUUUUGUUUGUUUUGAAUAGCAACUCGGAGGCAUAAAGGAAAUUUGGUAUUGUGUUGCACUUCCCGACCAUAUGACUCAGUUGGGAGCGAAAACGCUUGAUGAAAGCUCCAGGCAAAUUGCAGAUGUCUUAAAGGGCAUCGCAUUCAUUGCUGAGUGAUUGCUUUCCAGCCUAAGAAAGGGCAGCUUUAUAAUGACCGGGAAAGACGCAAACAAAGCAAACACAUCUGGGCUGAACUGAAGGCUGUCAGUAUACAUGAAGGCAAAGAAAAUGCCUCUUUUUGUGUGGCGGUGACUCACGACACCCGCUGGUUCAAGGAGAGAAAGGCAGACUCUAACUUCUUCCAAUCAAAAGAUCAAAUUAGCAUUUACGCCCGACUGGCCUUGUUGUGCUUCGACAUGAACCCAGUUCAGUCUAAGGGUGUUUAAAGGGGUAUUUCAGAAUAUUUGAAGAGGUUUAAGCAGUUGUUGUGCCUCCAGGAGAUAACUCUUUGUAGGACAAAUUUGAAGGAGAAAAACACAGUCUGCUGCAUUUUAUUCUCAGAUAGAGCAAUAUUGAUGCUCUGGCAGCAGGUGUUGACUUUAACUACCUCUGAAUUUAAAAGUAGGAGCAAAAGCAAUGCUGAGCUCAAGAGUUUCCCAUAACAACAUGGUUUCCUCAUCCCUCUUCAUCAUUAGCUUCCUCACCUGAAGGGUCAGGACAGAGUGAUAUGAAUGUGAAUCAACCCUAAACAAAACGUAUAAACCAUUUUGGAAAACAACUUUUAAAAUCUCUGUUACCAGAAAAAUGCUGUAAAAAAAAAAAAAAAAUCUCUAAUUUGCAAAGUAUCCAGGUUCGUAUGGGCGGGGCAUUAGCAUGAAUCCAGCUAAUGGCUAGUCCAAAAGGGGAGUUGAUCAAAGCAGAUUUAACAGAAACUCCAAUCCUGACAAUCUCAUAGGCCUUAAUAAGAAGUAUUUUAAAAAUCCAACAACUUGUUUGACCUGUUUUGCAAAACAAAUUGAGGAGAACGCAACAUGUAGAAAGUUUCCAGUCAAGAAAAACAGUUUUGGUAUAAAAAAAAUAGUAAUGGUUUUUCUUGAUUUUUACACUGCCCGACCAUUUAUACUCAGCAUCUAGUCUGACCAAAAAACAACCUGCUGCAGGUAAGACUCUUAUCGUUUUAAUUGUGUAUAAAUCCAGAUUAGUUGGUACCGGACAGUAAAUCCUAACAGCAUGACACAGAGGAGCCAGGACCAAAACAAACUUCCACAGUCUUAAAACAACUUUUAAAGAUGUCAUAGCGGUUUAUUCAAGCCCAUCUAAUAAACUUUUAAAACAUCCUCAUACUUGCAUUGUCCUGUCAUUUACAGAGAAGUAAGUAAAUAUCUACAUCGGAAUAGACCUAUGAAGCAUUGAAUAACUAUUUUUCAGUUUGAAAAAAGAACCUAAUGAAACAUACAUUUAUGUACUUUUCCAUGUAGAACCAAGUCAGCAUCUGUUUAAGGUUACAGGAAGGGGUCAAGAUUAGAUGUCAAGAUUAGGGUCAGGUCUAGACAUCAAAGAUUUAUUAACUUUAAUAGGACAAAGCCGUACGUCUGAGAACGUAGGAGCCUAAAACAGAACCUGCAGGUGGAUGCUCCUUUAAAGAACGCCAAAAUGCAAACCUAAAUACGGCUUAAAUCUAAAAAAAAAAAA